UACAUAGAGAGAACAAGUCGAUUGCUAGCAGCAAGACUUUUAUUAUAUUUUCUAGAUUUUUUUUCCAAGUUUUGCACGUUGCGUGAUAAUAUUUGGGUAUUCGUUUCAAUUUAAAUGAUGGGGGACGACGCGGACCAAAACCACGAUGAAGUAUUCAUUCUGGAAGGUGUCAUAUGUGCGGAUAAUGUAAACAGAAUUGAAUCUGAAUGCCGGGCAUUCAGUAUUGGUAAUAUGGAUUCAGAGGAACGUCGACGUCAAGUGGAGUGUGCCCUCAAUAGCGUGAUGCCUUGGAAUGAUGAACACUUUUUCCGAAUCAAUCUUCCCCAUUCGCAUCCCUUUGAUAGCAACAAUUCCGCCGAUUACAGGCACAUAAUCGCCGAUAACAUGGGUGCCACAACACGAGUUUGCAUCGGAACAUCCACUUUCUGGUGUAUUCCUUCACUUCUGAAAAUCCAUUGCAAAUAUUUCGAACGCCACAUUCGCCGGGUGUAUCGCUUUCGCGAGGGCGCUGACCUUACUGCCGUGGGUUUUCGAGCUGCCUACGAUUGGAUGAGAUUGCAAGAGUCUUUAGGAAACGAUAUAGGACCGGGUCAAGUGGUUGCCAUGCUGCACACGGCCAUGCAACUAGAGAUGCGAGCACUGCAGACGGACUGUUAUCGAUUCCUGUGCGGAGCCCACUUCCGAGAGGAGAUCGCCUUCGAGGUUUACCUAAAGGCCCUGAAGUAUCCCGAGCUCGAAGCGCUCCGCAAGGUGAUGCUUCAGAGGAUCGGGGUUCAUUUUCUGGCCGUGGUGGGGGGAAUUCAUUUUCGGCAGAUGCCCUUCGAGGAUGUGAUGACCUUGAUGUACCAGGAUUCUUUGGGUGUCAAUUCCGAGGUGGAGGUCUUUUCGGCCCUUAUCUGUUGGCUAGCAUAUCGUCCGCAGGAAAUACCUAAGCUCAUGCCACAACUGAUGGAGUGCGUUAGAUUCACCUUAAUGCCACUACCCGUUCUACGAAAACUGUGGGACACAUCUUACUUGUCCAGCAGUCCCUCGGAUCCCGAAGGUACUCUUUUGGGCGCUUUUCAUUAUAAUUUCGAUAUACAGUAUAGGAUCAGCUUUGCGAUCACUAUAGCGUCGCUGCGACUUUUGCAACCCAUUCGUCGCGAAUUUCUCAAAUCCUUGAAGGAUGUUGCAGACGAGGCUCCAAGGGAGUGGAUGUACGACGAAACGUGUUCCUAUCACUUGCCAUACCCCAAGGGUCCCUAUACUCAUGUUAUGGAUAGUCAAGCAAUUUGUUCCUAUGUCUCGCAGAGAGCGAGGGAGUUUCAGACAUGGCCAAGGCGUUCAACUACCAAUGAUCUACAGACCAUGGAGGAGGUGCCAGCUGAAUUGGAAUGCAGGGAGGAUGAGGACCCGAACGAAAGUUUCUUGAUUGAGUUGCAAGCUCUGUUCCUUAAAUUAAAUCUAUUUCUGCCCCACGAAGGGGAUCCUCAGCCUCCCGAACUGGAAGUUAUACCACUCGAGGACCAGGCUUUUCUCUCCGAGACCUAUGUGCAGGAAGCGGAUGGCCAGACCAGAGGGAUAUUAAAGGAACUUGACCAGAAUGUAAUGCCUCAGCUCAGAUUAUAGCCCCUCUAAAUUGCUGUUCACCAAGACAGAUAGUGAAUGUAAUUUUUAUUUCGAGUAACAAAUAUAUUAAUAAAAUUGUC